GUACCGCUUUCUUCCCUCGACCCCAACUCGCUUGCCAGUUCAUACGUACAACUUCACUUAUCGGGUGAUGGAUAGUACUCCUUUUUGAAUGCGCCGGCAGGGAUAGAAGGAAGAUCUCCGGGAGUUGAUGGUUGUGGUGGUCGUCGGGGAGGCAUGUCGAACAGAAUAAAUAAUACGUCCUUGAAUUCUAUACGAGUUGCCAUGAAAAUGAGGGUAUAGCUGCAUAUUGCGCAUGUUGCCGGGCUUGCAGUCCGCGACUCGCAGCCCUUUUCUUAUCCCGAUGGCUGGAUGAUUGACUAACUCUCCAUAUGUUAGUCAGUUUCUCCCAGAACUGGUAAAGAACUGGCUCUACUCGAGACGCAGCUUAUCUGAAAUGCCAGGCAUCUCUAUGCCUGCUAAGCGCCAAAAGAGGAACAUCUUCUUCCACGCCUCCUUCAACCUCACGCCACUUCUCAGGUUAGCGGAACGGCUGCGACAUCAACCGUCUUUAAACUGGACGAUAUUUCUUGAGUUCGAUGAUGGCGUUGAGUGGGUUUUUCGGGCUCCCUGCUCUACAUACACUGCCGCCCAAGGCGUCACUGGGCGUCUCCUGGCUAGCGAGGCCGCUACCCUCAAAUACAUCCGAGAGCACACCUCUAUUCCUGUACCAGAGGUUUUCCAUUACAGCCAUGAACUCUCUGGGCUGAACAGUCCUGCGACGCCGGCACGAGUUUUGACAGAGGAAGAAAAGGGGAAGAUUAUGCGACAGCUUGGAUGCUACGCUCGCCAGUUAUUUAGCCUCCGUUUUCCCACCAUCGAAUUGCUCUUCGAAAGGGACGAGGGUUAUUGCAUCGGCGAAUGUCUUUCCCCCGGGCACGUUCUACAAGACCGGGAAACGAUUGAGGAUCUCCCGCGGCGUCCAUUUCAUCACGAACCAGACUAUUACUCCUCCCUCGCCGUAGCCCUUCUGCUACAUGCCGAGCAGCUGCCAAUGGGACACCAUGUCCUCCGUGCGCCUAUUCCCGUCCCGCAAGAAUACCCAAACUUCGCCAACAAGAAUCGAUUGCAGUAUAGCCUCGCGAGCCAUCUCCUCCGGGACUCCAUCAUCCCCUGCAUGAUCCGUCCUGUCAGUCAGUCGGCUCCCGGCUUUCCCCUCUACCGCCACGACAUCAGCCUCCAGAACCUCUUCGCGUUCUCCUCUACUGUUCCGCCCGCCCACCUGCUCUCCACUCCGGGUCUGCCGCAUCCUAGGGACUUGGAAGAUCGGUGGAUGUGUAAUCGAGUCCGACUACUGGAGGGUCGGCGAGAUGGUCUCACGUUUUAUGCGCCUGGUGAACCUGGAUGCUUUACAAGACUAUCACUACCUGGAGGCGCUCUACGACGCCAUAGCCUUCCAGCUAUAUUGGCAACACGGGCCACGACCCAGGAGGCGCUCGAGCUAGCCGACGAGCUAGCAGCUGACGAUGAGCCUAAAAGCGAGGUCCGGUGGCAGGAGAAGGAGUACUUCGAUGCAGUUGGUGCUAAGAGACUCGCGUUAGCGCACAAGGUGACUCUCGUAGCCGAGAUGAAUUCGCGAUUUGUGGCAGAUGGGCGGCUGUGGCGUUGGAUUGAUGCAGUUAUGGUGUAUUACGAUGACUCAGGAUGA